GGCUUCUACAGUCAGGAGUGGUCGUCUUCUAUCCACAUGAGCCACACGCAUGAAAAUGAAACCUCAAAAAUUCAAAAUGCCUUGAAAUUGUGAUCUUUCUUAAUCAUUUUUUAUAUUUCCUUCUCCUUUCCGUUCGAAACUUUUUUCGUUCACAUAUCCUUUCGCAGAUUCUCUCUUCUUCUUUUUUUUUUUUUUUUUUUCCUUUUUUCUUUUUAACUUAUGAAAUGUCCUCGCUCUGUUUCUCAUUUCGAUUUCUGCUGUCAUCUCAAUGGAGGCGCAAAAACUUGUGUUUCGUGAUAUUCCACCGUUCCAAGAGUAAGAUUAGCUUCAUCCCAAGCGCUGUUUCCUCCUCUACCAGUGACGAUUCCGUUCCAACUCCCAAACAAAGCCAGCAGUUGCGUAAUGAUCCAUCCGAAGGGCAAUACAAGCUCGCUGUUACUCCAAAGAUGUGGAAUGAGACUUCUGGUGUACCCAAACCACGGUCCUGGUUUGGUCCAAGUGGGCAGUACAUCAGAGAGCUACCCUGCCCAACUUGCCGGGGCAGAGGUUAUACUCCUUGUACAGAGUGUGGAAUAGAGAGAUCAAGAUUAGACUGUCCACAAUGUAAUGGGAAGGGUAUAAUGACUUGUCGACAGUGUUUGGGCGAUUGUGUCAUAUGGGAAGAGUCAAUUGAUGAGCGACCAUGGGAGAAAGCUCGCUCUACUUCUCCUCUCAAAAUGAAGGAAGAUGAUGAAGUUGACAAUUUAGAGCUUAAGAUGGGCAAGAAGAAAAAAGCAAAGCGUGUUUACCCAUCACCACCUCCUGAAGUCGGAUUAAAAAUUAGCCGAUCACUGAAAAGUCUCAAUGCCAAAACAGGUCUAUUUAGCAAGAGAAUGAAAAUUAUCCACAGCGAUCCUACACUUCAAGCACAAAGAGUUGCUGCAAUUAAGAAAGCCAAAGGAACAGCUGCAGCGCGAAGGCGUGCUUCUGAAGCUUUAAAAGCUUUCUUUAGUGAUCCGGAAAACCGUCACAAGAGGAGCAUUGCUAUGAAAGGAGUAAGAUUUUACUGCAGAAAUUGUGGACGUGAGGGGCACAGGAGACACUACUGUCCAGAACUGAGGGAUAGUUUGAUCGGUAGACAGUUCAAGUGUCGGUUGUGUGGAGAAAAGGGCCAUAACAGAAGAACCUGCCAAAACUCAAGGUCAAGCAAUAAUGGAAACACGGUUAUUAGGAAUCAUCGUUGCAGACAGUGUCGUCAAAGUGGCCACAAUCGCAGUACUUGCCCUCAGAUAACAGGGGUAAAGCUGAGUGGUACUCAUGCCAAAAGAGGCUUGCACAUUGGAAACAGAACAUACACUUGCCGGUUGUGCGGAGAAAAAGGGCACAAUAUAAGGACAUGCCCUCGGAGAAUUAUAAAUCCCUUGAUGAUUAGUCCUCAAGCCGAAGAAGGAAAGUGAUGAGCAUAUUGAAUAAACUCAUAUUGGAGAUAGUAGGGAGAACUGGGAAAAGUUGUUCAUAAAAGGAGGAAAUGUCUGUUCUUUACAUAUUGUCCAGUCCAUUCUGUCUGCAUAAUCACUCAAUAGUUGUUCUAUUAGCUUGAAUGUAUAUGCUUGUUGAUGAGGAUCUAAGAACAUUUUAACAUUCUACAGUUGUUUUCCUUCACCUUGCUUCCAUUAAUAACAGAAGAAAUUAACUGGAAACCAUGUCUUCUUU